GACGCACAACUCACUUCCAAUAUACUAAAACGGGAGACCCAAAGAACAUGUCUUACAUCUCCCACCACUCCACCUGCCAAUCCAUCCUCGCAGCGCUCUCCCUCUCCGCCCUCGACCCGUCCAAAGCAACCCUCUCCACCCACCGCCGCGGAUCGGGCUUCGCAUCCACCGCACACCUGCGCGUCCUCAUCCCAAACCCAGAGAACCCACAAGCCGAGAUAGAGAGGCACUUCUUCAUCAAAACGUCGUUAUCAUCGUUAUCCCGCUCCCACGUUUCCAGCGACGGCCCCCAUCCCGAUCCCGCACCGGACCCCGCGAUGGAAAUGUUCCGCGGCGAAUGUGCCAGUCUGAAUGCGAUCGCCGCGGUCGUGCCGGCGCUGUGUCCGCGCGGUCUAGCGUGGGGUAAGCUGGGCGACGAUGGCAGCGGUGGAUGGUUUCUUGCUACGGAGUUUUUGGACCUGGGAGGCCCGGCGGGGAGGGGAGGGAGGAGUUCGUCGGGCGUGAAAACAUCAAGGGCGCGCUUGGCGAGGAGGCUGGCUCAGCUGCAUUGUACGCCGGCGCCGCCAGCGCCCACGUCGGUCGUCGGAGAUGAAAUUGUCAAUUUGGCGGAGAAGAGGAAGAAGGAGGAGGAGAAAAGUGAUAAUAAUAACGUGGAGAAUAAUAGUGGGGUUGGCGAUGAGGACGAUGGGCGAUUGCAGUUCGGGUUUCCGGUGCCGACGUUUUGUGGGGAUGUGAGGCAGCCCAAUGAGUUUCGUCGGUCGUGGGCUGAGUUCUAUGCGGAUCAAAGGUUGCGGACGGUGCUUGCGGAGUCGGAGAAGAGGAAUGGGCCUGAUAAGGAAUUGAAGGACUUGGUGGAACGGGUUGCUGUGGAGGUUGUUCCAAGGCUACUUGGUGAUGGCCACCUAGGAUAUGAUAGGCGCGGGAACGGGAAUGGGAUCGUUCCUGUGGUUGUUCAUGGCGACUUGUGGAGUGGGAAUGUGGGGAGGGGGACGAUACUCCGUGCCAGAAUCAGUGAUGAUGGCGAUGAUGCCGGUUUCCACGAGGAAAAGGAGGACAUUGGCGAUGUGGUAUAUGACCCAUCAGCUUGCUAUGCGCAUAGUGAGUUUGAGCUUGGGAUUAUGAACAUGUUCGGGGGUUUUGGCAGGGACUUCUAUGAAGAGUACCAUUGUCUGGUGCCGAAGACAGAGCCAGUGGAUGAGUAUGUGGAUCGAGUCAAGCUAUACGAGUUGUAUCAUCACUUAAACCAUCAUACUAUAUUUGGUGGUGGUUAUCGAUCCGGCGCUGUGUCCAUCAUGCAGAAACUGCUGAGCAAGUAUGGUCAUCACUAAGAUUUAACUAUGACAUGGCACAGGGAACGCGCUAGUAAUGAGAAUGGAAAUCUGAAAGCCACAAAGACAACUAUCCCAGAAAAACCGUGGAACCGAGGGCCUGAGCUGGCAGCCCAGAGGGAAACCACCCGGCCCUUUUCUGCCACCCAAACGUUUUGGAUUAAAUUCUCAAGCUCGGGCCCCGCCAACCCACGCCUUCGCUGGAGCUCCUGAGAACCGUGGAUUAUAAGGGAGAAUAUUUAGAGUAGCGAAAGGUCUGAUAACCUCGGGUGCUAUCCGAUUAUCUAAAUAGGGUUAUCUAGGAUGCGCCGUUUCAACCUCUGGUCACCUUUACCGGCUGGUUUUGUGCAAGAUUAUCGGCAUACCUUUUUGUAUAUCGGCAAAUAAUACUCUUUCUCGCUGA